AUGAAAACAUCAACAUUGGGGCUUGAUACUUCUUUGAUCACACAAUAUCCGCAUUCACCAUGCGAUAAUACAAACUCGGAUGACCCCUAUCAUGUGUACAACCAAGAAUACGAUGAACUGGAAUCGGAUGCAUCAACUGAUGAUGCCAAUAGGCCUUUUCGACCUCAUAGUGACGAUAUUGAAGAGCCAGAUAAUUGGACCAAAUUCUCCUUAACAUCUCCAAACCCCUCUCUUACGUUGGAUCCUUCUAGCAACUCAGAGACGGCUGUAGAUAAUUCUAAGCUAUCGACUGAUUCUCAAGUCAAUCAAAUAGAUGGCCCUCUAUCAAUUGAUGUAAAAAUUCCACAAAAGCAGACUCGGGGUUUGCCUUUCAAGGGUUCUCAAAGUAGUAUUCCAACUCGCAUUCCAACUCGCAUUCCAACUCGCAUUCCAACUCACAAACCUACUUGCCCUUCAUCUCAACGUUUGGUACUUGCUCCAUUUCGCCCACCACUUUGUGCUUUGGGCGGUUCUCCUACUCUGCGUCUGAAUCGUUCUCCAACUCGUUCUGCAACUGGUCCUUCAAAUUAUUCCAAGAAUCGUCCUCUUAUUCAUUCUAAAGCUGGUGCGCUAACUCGUCCUUUGGUUGGUUCUCCAACUGGUUUUCAUUCUAUGAAUCGUGGCCCAACUCCUUUUCCAUCUCCCUCUCCAAUCCAAUUGCCAACUCCGACUCCAAUCCAUCCUUCAAUUUAUUCCAAGAACCGUCAUUUUAUUUGUUCUACAGCUCGUGCACCAACUGGUCCUUUCAUUCAUUCUCCAACUCAUCAUUUGGUUCGGUCUCCUACUGGUUUGAUUCAUUCUAUGAAUCGUGGCCCAACUCCCUUUCCAACUCCUCCAACUCUGAACCGUCCUCGAGCUCAUCCAAUUGAAGAGUUCUUUGGAGAUGUAUUUGAAGAUUCAAUUCGUGGCUCAUCUCAAGAAUCAAAUCUAGGUUUAUCUGAAGAUUCAAUCAUCCUCUGUGCUCCACUCACAACAAAGUCAACAAAGGAUGCUAGAGGGAAGGCUAAAGGGAAGGCUAAAGGGAAGGCUAAAGGAAAGGCUAAAGGGAAUCAGUUGCAAGAAAAAGAAGGUGAUAGCGAGAAUUUGUCUGAAGAAAACAAGAAGAAUACUGUAGUCAUCUUUGCCUCGUAUGAAGCCUACUUGAGGCAGUCAAAGGAACCAAAAGCUGCUAAGAAGCAAAAGAAAAAAGGUCCAAUUCAAACUCCGGUCAACGAUCACGAGUGGGUUCCUGCCCUGGGGCCGCAAGGUGGUCGAUGUGCUGAAAACUCCUUCACCAUUGACAUUGUCUCCACGUCCUCGGAAAGGGUUAAGCAUCAAGCCACCCAAAUCAUUGAAAAUCGAAUAAAGCCAAUGGCUGUCUAUAUUUUCGAUCAUAAGCCCCGCUGGAAUCUUCACUGGAUAGGUAUUGAUUACAAACCAAAGAAGGGUCUCAGUGAAUACGAUGUUGAUACCGAGAGCGGCUGGGAGGAGUUUGUUGAUGUGGCGUUAAGCUUGAAACGGGACCACUCAUUAGGUCUUAUGGUCAGAAUGGAGAAUCCGGAAUCGAUUGAGAAAGAUACCGAACAGUUUCAGAAUCAGAUCAACCACCUGAACUCUUUGGCUGGCCAGCUAGAAGAGGAUCCUUCUCAAAAGACUAUGAAGCAACUUCCUUCCCUCGACGACCCUAACCUCCACUCUGGCACAAUAGAAUGCUUGAUGACGCAGUAUAAAAGUGGAAAAAAGGGGGGCUCUGAACAAAUGAGAUAUAUUGAUCCAUUAGAUUCUACAAAAUGGGUUCGAUUGAACAUCACUCGGCUUUCAAAAUGGGCAGAUGACAUGAUAGAGGCUCGUCGCAAUGGUCGCAAUGAUGUAACUUUAUUUAUACCUCCUAAAACUCCUAUGUUCAAAACAUACAUAGGUGGACGCGAACCAGCUGGAGUUAAGGCCCUCCAUGAAGAUCACCCAAGCUUUGCCCCACCUCAAGCAUCAACGUCAACUGUACCAAUUAUAAACCAUCUUAACACCGACAGCACCAUCCCUCAAGCCUUGCCCUCAACAUCAACAGUACCAAAUCAACUAGAUCACAGAAUGUUUCUAAAACAUUUUUGCGGGACAUUUAAUGACUUCCUGAAAUUCUCUCGAAUUUCUACCCCUGACACCAAAACCCGCGACCUUCUCUCUGAAUUAGGUCUGGACCAUUGGUCCACCUUCAUUGUCUCGAGUAACAUGAGUGAAGACAAACUCCAAGGGUUGGGGUUUUCUCUCGGUGCAGCUAUCAAGCUCAUAAGUGGUUCCACUCGUUUCCAACCUUAUAUUCUUGGAAACAUUGAAUUUGGAAGUUUCCGACCAAUUGAUGUAUGA